AUGACAGAAAACAGUAAUAUUUUUAUAUCUUUUUGUUCAACUCACCAAAAGGAAUGCGAAUUGAUAUGUUUUGAUUGUAAUGUUUUGUUUUGUUCUCGUUGUCUCAAUGCUCAUAAGAAUCAUAACUCUGAACACAUCCACAACAUAACAGAGGAGCUUUUGAAUAUCUUCAACGAUGAAAAUAAUUUCAAUCAAAACACUAGUUGCUUACUUAAGACAAAGCUAAAUAGUAGUUGGUUGACUCUAAAGAAACUGUCAUCUAGAUACCAUUCGUUAGAGGUGAAACGUAAGGAUGUUGUAGAUCUAUUCGAUGGUCUCAUUAAGAGCCUUGUACUACAGCAACACAAAGUGGCCAAGCCGAUCGUAGACGAUCAAGAUAAAAUAAAGAAACAAAUCGGUGAUCUAUUCUCAGAGAUCAAAUCAUUAAUAACAAUAAUAAACUUUAAUAACAAUAAAGAUAAUAAAUACAAUAACAACAACAAGAAUAGUAAUAAUAAUAAUAAUAAUAAUAGAGAAAACAUGACAUUUCAAUUCAUGGAACAGGCUAGUAAUGAACAUAUAGAAAUGUUGCUACAUUCCAUCAAUGAAUAUGAAUCGCUUUAUAGCUUUGUAAAUAAUAAUAAAGAGUUAUUUAGUAUUAGUAAUAAUGAAGAGAAAGAUGAUGAUCAUGGCGAUGAUGAUAUGCGUUGGGAUCAUCAAAAUCAAUAUCAACAACAACAAUCAAAUACUUCAAUUAAUAAUGAUAGUUUCUAUCAUAUUUUAUUGGAUUUGAUUUAUAAAUUCAAUAAGAAAUAUAAUGUUAUUCAGCUAAAAGAACAACAAGUGCAAUUCUUAGAAUCGUUAAGAACAACGAAUAGCUACAAUACCCAACAAGACGGUUCGAUGACUUUGAUCGACUUGACCGACAGUACCAAUGUAUCAAUGGAGACCAUCAACACAUCGUGGUCCGGAGGAUUUCACUUGACCUACAACUCCAUUGUAAAAGUCGAUAGCCACGUCUAUAUCUUUGGUAACUACAACGGUGAUCGUCAAAACAAAUAUUGUCGACUCUCAAUGAAAUCAAAGACCAUUGAUCACCAAUCGGAUAUCAAGAAUAUAGAGUUUGGUCGUACAAUGUCUGUUUGUUACGAUGGACAAGACUAUAUCUACCUAGUGAAUGGUUACAACGACGAUAGUUUCACCAGUCUAAAGAGAAUCGAUAGAUUCCAUGUGAAAACACAGUGUUUCGAGAGAUAUCAUCAGUUAGAGUGUGAAGACAGCAUCCAUAUCCACUCGUUCUUCUUCAAUGGAUUACUUUAUAGUCUUCCAAUUAAAGAGAGGAAAAUCUACAUUUUCGAUCCAAUCAAAAAGAAAGCAGAGGUGAUCAUUGACGAUCAUUUGAAAUCCUAUACAAUGGCUGCUACCAAUGACGAAAAAGGUAACAUCUUCAUACUUUCCAUCGAUAAUAAACUGGUUCGCUACAAUAUCCCAAGUAAGAAAUUCUACCCGCUCUGCUCAAUAAAACAGAUCGAAAACGAACAAUCGAUGGUCUAUCACCAGGUAUCCAACAGUGAAAGUUAUAUCUACUUGUUUGGUGGAAAAGAUCAUGGUAACUAUCGUUACUCAAUAGCAAAUAACCAUUGGGAAUUAUUCUUUGAGGAUGAUAAAUUCGUUAGAAGUUUCUGUGGAUCUAAUACGAAGGUGAUCCUGCUUUCUAAUAGCAUUUUUCAACAACAAAUGUCAAACCCUAAUUAUAAUAUCGGUCACCAACAACAACAACAACAACAACAGUUAGUUCAUCCACAACAGCAACAACUACAUCAACAACAAAUACAACAACAACAAAUACAACAACAGCAAUUACAACAGCAACUACAACAACAGCAGCAACACCAGCAGCAACAGCAACAGCACCAACUUCAACAACAGCAGCAACAACUACAACAACAACAACAACAACAACUUCAACUACAACAACAGCAGCAACAGCAACUACAACAACAACAACAACAUUUACAAAAUAGAAAUAUAACAUCAACCCCUAAUACUACUACUACUACUGCUACUAAUAUACCAACAGCAGCAACUACAACAACAACAAUUUCUACACCUACUUCUUCAGCAUCUUCCUCUACAAGUAUACAACAACAACCAUUAUCUAUUAUACCACCAAAAGAAGAAACACAUAAACUACCGACAGUCCAACAGAAACACAUCUUGGAGCAAUAUGAUGAGAUCAUCGAGCAGAUAGGAUUCCUAAGAGUGAAUGUCGAUCAGAUAUUCUCUACGAUUAUCGAAGAGGCCAAACAGAGUGUAAAUAAUCAAUCGAUGCCCAUUAUCAACCCAUCGAUCUCACGUGAAGCCAAGCAGCAGGUACUGGUACAGGCACUGACCACCAUCAAGCAAUCACUCAAGAAAAUCGAAGUGCAACAACAGCAGCUGGCACCCUACAGCUUCUUCCCACACACCUCUAGCUUCCAACCGAUCGAACAACUCUGGGCACAACACACCGGUAUUUACGAUCAACUAAACAUCAAAGUACAGAAUCAAAUCAAACUAGAAUACUUUUGGAGACAUGAAACUGCAAAGAAAUCUACAUUUGCAUUAAAUUUAUUAGAAAGUAAAUUAAAUGAGAAAUAUCCAACAUUACUUAGAUCAUCACAUGUAGAUAGUAAUACAAUGAAAAAGAGAAAACAGAUCAUUGAUGAGAAACUACCUUUAUCAUCAACAUCAACAUCUACCACCAAUACAGUCACAUCGAUAUCUACAUCAACUACAUCAUCACCUAUUUUAAGAUCAAAAUCAGCAUCAUUAUCACCUAUUUUAAAAUCUACAACAUCAUUAGAUACAUAUUCUAAUAUAGAUAGUAUUAUACAAUCAGCAAAACAAGAAACAGCUUUAGAAAUACAUAAAAUACAAUCACAUCCUUAUAAAGAUGUUAGUAAAGGUUUAUUUGUUAUAUUUUCAGAUGUAUUUAAAUGUUUGAUAUCAUUUGCAAUGUCAGAGGAAUCAUCGGAAUGCUAUAGAAUCGAUAGAAUUGCAUUCUUUGGUAUAAAAGAAAAGUUUGAUUCAUUUUGGGAUACCUCUAAAUUCAAUAUAUUCAGAAAGAUAUCGGAGAACUCCUAUGAAGCUAUCAGCUAUUACACUUCAAAUACAGGUGGUACUUCUAUUUUAAAGAAUAUAUUAAAUUGGAUUUGGUCGUUCAGAGGUUUGUUUGUAGAGGAAUGUAAAGGAUGUCAGAAUAUUCUGCAGUUGGACUCUUCGAUGUUUAUGUAUUUACCACCUUCCUAUAGGACAUUCGAUGGUACCUUUACACCCUAUCAUCCGAUUUGCUAUCAUACUCAUUCACAUCAACAACAGCAACAACAAAAAUAA